GGGGGGAUGCGUGGUUAGCAAGAAGCGGGCUCGUGUGCGCGGGCGGUGGGGCUGUACCGAGCGAGACGAACCCGUCGUCUGGCGCGCCUCUGCCCGUUGCCCCGCUGCUAGAAAACGCUCCGCCCUGCGCAGUCCGUAGGGUGGUUGGUUGGAAGCCGGAGCUCGGGGCCGCGGGGUUGCAAACAGGGCUCUCGCUCGCGACGAGGGACGAGGGACGAGGCUCGAGGCACGAGAGCGGAGCAGAGGAUUCGAGAGGAGGGAGUUCGAAGAAGAAGAAGAAGAAGGAGAGCAGGAGAGGAGGAGGAGGAGGGGCAGGAAUUAUGGCAGCGAUGAGCAGCACGCUGAGAGCGGGGGGGCCGAUGGGGUACGGGGUGGCAUUCGAUUGCCGCCCGGACCCCGCAGGAACGUCGUCGCGAGCCUCAGCUCAGAAACCCUUCUGCCGAGCAUCGUGCGGGGACGAUUCUGCGCCGGGCAAGAGCUCGACUCAGAGCUCGAAGCUGAAUCGGAGCCUGGCUUGCGAUUCGCCACCGUUCAUUCUUCGGUUUCCUCCCAACUUCGUCAGGCAACUGAGCAUUAAAGCGCGCCGCAACUGUGGCAACAUCGGUGUUGCACAGGUCGUAGCGGCCUCUGCUACGGAUCUUCCUGCCGUUUCCUCUGAGAAUGUGGUUGCACCAGCUUCCGCGGACUUGGAGAAGCCUCUCUUUGAAGCCGGAGCGGCUCUGUCUAGCACCGCUGUCGUUAAUGGUGUUAACAGUUCCGCCACUCGCCUCUCUGAGAAGCCUAGAUCUUGUAGCACUACAUCUGUCCAUGGUGGUGAAAGGAAUGGACGUCCGAAAGUGUCUGAUGCGUUGACCACUCCGAUUGUUCAAACUUCCACCUAUUUUUUUAGGAAUACGGCGGAAUUGAUAUCAUUCCAGGAAGGGAGUCACACCAGCUUUGAGUAUGGUCGAUAUGGUAAUCCCACCACAUUCGCUGCAGAAUCAAAAAUCAGUGAACUUGAAGGAGCGGAGACCACUCUGCUUUCGGCAUCUGGAAUGUGUGCCGCCACAACAAUGUUGCUGGCCUUAGUGCCUGCAGGCGGACAUAUUGUCACCACUACCGAUUGCUACCGUCGUACCCGACAGUUUAUUCAAACAGUUUUGCCCAAGAUGGGAAUUACGACUACCGUUAUCGAUCCUUCAGACAUCGCCUCCCUUGAAAGGGCGUUAGAUCAGCAUACUGUGUCAUUAUUUUUUUCAGAGUCUCCAACAAACCCAUAUUUGCGGUGUAUAGAUAUUGAGCUUGUUUCGAAGCUGUGCCACAGCAAAGGCACAUUAGUCUGCAUCGAUGGCACUUUUGCAACUCCAGUGAAUCAGAAGGCAUUGGCCCUGGGGGCAGACAUCGUCUUGCACUCUGCAACAAAGUAUCUUGCAGGUCACAACGAUGUACUGGCUGGGAGUGUUAGUGGGUCAAAGGAGUGUAUUGCGCCAAUUCGAGCUUUACAUCACAUUUUAGGAGGCGUGCUAGAUCCGAACUCAGCAUACCUGAUUUUGCGGGGCAUGAAGACCCUCGAGCUUCGUGUGCGUCAGCAGAACAUUUCUGCUUUGAAACUGGCUCAAGCUUUAGAGGCCCAUCCCAAGGUCCUGCGUGUACAUUAUCCUGGUUUGGAGAGCCACCCGGAACAUCAUAUUGCCAAGCGCCAAAUGAGUGGCUUCGGCGGCGUCAUUAGUUUCGAGAUUGCUGGAGGUUUGGAUGAGGCCUCAAAGUUUAUUGAUGGACUGAAAAUUCCCUACAUUGCACCCUCCCUGGGUGGCUGUGAAAGCCUGGUUGAACAGCCCACCAUCAUUUCUUAUUGGGAUCAGACUGCAGCACAAAGAGCCAAACUGGGUAUCAAAGACAACCUAGUGCGAUUCAGCUGUGGUAUUGAAGACUACGAGGAUAUUCACAACGAUAUGAUGCAAUCUCUUGCUGCACUUUAAGUCUCUGCAGGAUUGAGGAUGUAUCCUUGAAAGCGUUAGUGACCUUGUUAGUCUGAUGGGGUGUAGACGGGCUUUAUUUUCAUGGAAUCAAUAAAUAUGGGCGCAUCAGGAGAAAACAACAUUUUAUCAGAAAGAUGUGCACGUGCUUGUCUUGUUUCCGAAGAUGAGACUUCAAUCCUCGUAUGAUCCGCAAAGUAUUUUCAUCACGAUUGUUUCAUUUCUAAGUCGGCAAUGAGUGAGCGUAAUCUGUCUGUAGAUAGCUAUAACAUAGCGUCAUAAAUCACUUUCCAAGGAUGGAGAUCAUCGAAGAUACCAAGGAAUCUGUCGCACAUGACAGCGCACUGUGUGAUUUAAGCCUCUGACGUCUGCAACCUUCACGUUCCUGUGCAUUAUAGGGGUCACUGUGACUUUAAUUACUGACGGUAGUUAUUGUCGUCUGUCGUGACGAUAGCAGAGCCAUGGGGGACCCGCCCAUGUUUGUAGUAGUAUGAGUUGUACGGUAGCCCAAAUAUUUACUUUUACUGUCGCUGUUGUUGAGUUAAGACCUUGUAGCAAAGAAGAAUCAGGUUAUGAAUACUCGAAUUUCAGUAAGAACAUGGCUUACGAGACCAAGUAGUAAUGAACUGCGGAGAAAAAAAUUUAACCAACCUACAACAAUUGUAGUGAGCCCACGUGUCCAUCCUCGGUUAUUUCAGUACUGUUUCCUUCAUAUCGAUUCGGAAUUAAAAAUAUUGCUUUAUCCCUAAAGCAAUAUUAAUGUGCCACAAUGUUAAUCUUGAAAGCGCAAAGCUGGCACGGAUCUUUCAGCACAAUUCAAUUCGUGUGGUCCAAACGACAAUUGAUUUCUGCCUUUGUCGAACAAAUAUCUUAUGUUUAUACAACUGAAUGUAUCUGAGGUGCUUUUCAGGUGAGUCUAGAACUUAGCCAACAAAGCAGAUGGUCAGACUCCUAUUGCCUAUGACAAUUCCGGUCCUCGGAAAGAACGC